AUGGAAAUGUCCGACUCAGAGGGUGCGCAUGCCCGAGCUGACUCGGGCGACAAAACCACGUCUGCCCCCGCAUCGCCAGGAAAGAUAGCAAAGCUCGAGACCUCGCCGCAAGCCGAUGAACAACACCAAGAUCCCCAACCUGGAAAUGAGAACGGAGGAGGAACACCGAACCACGAUGGCGAAACCGAACAAGUGGAAGAAACGGCGCCGCCCUUACCAGACGAAGCCCCUCCACCUCUCCCCGACGAAGCACCGCCGGAAAACCCCGAUGACGAUGGGUGGGAGCCGGUGUGGGAGCCAAAUACACAAGCAUACUAUUUCUACAACCGCUUCACUCAGGCCUCUCAAUGGGAAAACCCGCGCGUCCCCACAGCGACAGCUCCCGGGACGGUCAACGCGAACAUACACAACCACGAACCCGCUAAAAAGCCCGUGGCGGGUGGUUACAACCCCGCCAUCCACGGCGACUACGAUCCGACCGCUGAUUAUGCCCAGUCCUACGAAGACUACGAAGACCAAAACCGUCCUGCUGUCGACCCGGCUGCUGCUUAUGAGGCGGUCGGUACAUUUAACCGGUUCACUGGCCGCUGGCAGGCCUCGUCGAUCAACCCCGACAACCACAAUGACGAGAACAAGGCGCGGCGACAGAUGAAUGCUUUCUUUGAUGUCGAUGCGGCAGCAAACAGUCACGAUGGGCGCAGCCUCCGGGCUGAGCGCAGCAACAAGAGACUGAGCAAGAAAGAGCUGAAAGCUUUCAAAGAGAAGCGUCGGGAGAAGAAAGAGGAGAAGCGCCGCGCUUGGCUUUUGGAUUGA